UAAUCACUUCCUGCAACAGUGGCCCCUACGCAGCCACCUGGGGCUCCACCCUGGCCAAGCCCUCCAUGCUGGAGGCUUCCCUGCAUCUUCUGGGUUUGGAGGCUCCCGCAGAGACAGAGCUAGAUGGGUUUCGGGGAGGGGUUUUUGGCAACCCAAGAAACUCCACCCCACCGAGGGCUUCCCCUUCACCCUGCAGGCUUGGCGGGGGGGAGGAUAAAAGCGGUGCCCCCUUUGCAACCAGGCACUAAGCCCCGGGCGGAGAGCGACGCAGAGGGACCCUGGCAGGGAGAGGAGCUCGGCUGCCAAUUGGCUGCUCCCCCCAGGAGGCGGCAGCGUGUGAAGGAGCCGACACGCGUGUUCCGAAAGACGGCAGGCCCUCAUGUCUGACGGGAGUUUCCUCCUCGGGGCAUCAUUUCAGGCUACAAGAAGGCUCGCCGGUGAAUGACCGCAGGGGACGCUCCCGGGGCGUCCGGUUCAUGGGGCCCGUUUACCUGCCUCCCGGGGCCCCUCUCACGGGCGGGGGGGGGUCUGGGAGCUAAGCCCCCCCGGGAGCCGCUCGCGCUUCCAGCCCCGCCCCCAGGAGCCGCUGCGCAAGGACUUGGCACCGCCCCCUGUGACGCAAGCGCCGCGUGGGCGGGACCGGAAGCGUUGGGGGCGCCGGAGCAAGAGCGGCGGAACGUCGAGCGGGCGCCGGCAGGUGAGCGGCGGGGCGCGAGUUCGAAUCUCAACCGGCGGACCCGCCGCGGCGGCGGCGCUCCCGGGGAAGCACCGGUGCCCCAGCCCGAGGCCCCGCGCGGGGCCUGCAGGACUCCUGGCCGCUUCGCCCGGCCGGGGUGCUUCGGGGGACCCGUGGCGGCCGCCGCCCUGAAUCUCGGGGUCCCGGCGGCGGUCUGGCGCCGGGCAGGGGCUGCCGUCCAACGAGCCGCCGAGUCCCGCCGCCCGGGGGCUGCCUCCGUCUGCGCCUGGCAGCGGCCCCGGCAACCCUCCUUUGUUGCGGCGGCUGCUCCGCCUCUGCCGUGCCCGGCCGCCUCUCCGAGCCCGGGACACCUGCGCAGCCCCCGGCCCUGCCAGGAGCCCUCGGCCGGAGGGAGGAGGAGGAAGAAGAGGGGAGCUGCCUUCCCCGGGCCCAACCGGGCUCGCUUCCCUUCGGCCACGCCUGCCUCUCCCGGGACUGGAGAAAGCGCUCCCCGAAGCCCAGACCGCUUCAGGAUGGAGCCCGGGCCGGCGCUGCAGGAGGAGUACCGCCGGUGCCUGGAGAGGGACUUCCGCAGGGGCCACGUUGGGGCCUGCAGUGACGCCUCCCUGAAAGAGCUGCUGUGGCAUCACCUGCUGGAGGACCCGGAGCUCCACUGCAGCCUGGACGGGGAGGACACCUUGGCCACGCUGGCCGCUGCCCUGCGGGGACACUUGGACACCAAAGGGGCCCUCCGGGACCUCGGCAGGGCCUUCGAAGUGCUGGAGCUGGCAGCCGUCAAUCUCUACUUCUUCCCUUGGCGCAAAGAAUUUGCCACCAUUAAGACCUUCUCUGGGGUCUACGUCCACGUCCUUCAGGGGGUCCUGCCAGAGGCCGACCUUGCCCGGAGUUUCCGCCGGCUGGGCUACGUACAGCAAGACCGUCUCCACCUGGUGAAUUCUCGACUGCCGCCGGGUGCCAACCUGCUCUGUGCAGCCUGCUGCUUCUUUGCAGCCAGGGUGGAGUGCCAGAUCCUGGCAAAAAUUGUGGAAGAAUUGGAGCCGCAGGUCGUGCCGCCCGAUGAGCUGCUGAAGGCUCGGAAGGAGGCCAAGGGCAGCCUGGAGCGGUGCGUGGCCAAGCUGCAGAGCCUGACACGGUGGCCACGGAGCCGCGAGGUUCGCUCGGACUUAGAUGGCGGGCUCGAUCUUUACCAGGAGAGCGCUGAAGGGCACAGUUUCUACAGGGAGCCUGUGGGGAGUCGGCUCUGGGGACAGGAUGCCUCCUCCCUCAGCGAGUGCGGCAGCCCCAGGCUCCUGAGGCGGAGCCCCCAGCCACUGGCGGAGUGCCGGAGUGAGCCCCCCUGGAGCCGGGAGUCUUCCUGUGGCAACGGACUCCUGGGCUCAGAGGAACCUGACCUGGCAACCUCCUUCUCCUUCAUCUCCUUGAGGCGAGAGCUCAGUAGGACUUCUGAGCUGGACUUUCCUGCUCAGUUGGGGAGUUCGUUCCUAUUCUCUGGCCUGGGGGGCUAUGAGAGUUCUGACCCACCUUCGCAGGCGACGAGCAGCCCGGCCUCUCCUCCGUCCAGGCAGCCCAGGAGCCUCCACCUCAGUCCAGCCAGCCUGCACAGCAGCACUCAGGGACUGAGCCCCGAGCCGGCCCAUUACCAGAUGCAUACUUGCCUGCUCCCGGGGGCCCUGCCCUGCUCCUGCUGCAAUACUUGCCGGCUGCUGCAUAUCAGCAGCUGCGACGGGGUUCAACUCUGCCGGAACCGCCACCACCUCGUGGAAGAGCUGCAGAGCGAGAAGCAGCAGCGCCUGUGGCUGCAACGAACAGAGGUGGACAGGCUGCUGCAGGAGGGAGGAGGGCCUUGGCAAUAGGAUGGGGACGCCCGGCUGGGCUUUGGGGCACAGAGCCCCACACCCUGUGAGGUCAUUGAGGAUCAUGCCCACCAAGCCUGCUUCCCCCCUCUGGCCUGGGGCAGGACAGGGUCAAAUGCAGCAAAGCUCCCCCCCCCCUUCUUCUAACAGGAUGGAGCUGGGUAGAUCUUGUUGAUGGAGGAUUGAAGGGAAGGAGAUGGGAUGGCUUUGCCCGGGUUUGAUUAAGGGUCUAAUGCCAUGAAAUCUGGAGGUGGCAGGUGAGGAACAGACCUCAUGCCAGGAACCCUGGCAUUCAUUUCUGGAUGUACGUGUCGUCUCAUCUGGGAAGCCCUUUCUGACAUUCCAAAAUUUGGCCAGUCUCCUUUCCCAUUCUGAAAUUCGUGUGGCCCAAGGCUGCUCUGGAUAUGGCAGAGGCCAUAGAAAAGCCUCCUGCUCAAGCAGCAAGCUAGGGAGGAACUGCAGGCAACAUUUUGAAUGGACCCUGUGGUAGCAGUCACUUUGCUGAUGUCUGAUGAAAGAUGCUGUUAUAAUAAACUUAAUUGAAAGCUA